AUGGACUAUAGGAUGGCUGAAAAUGUUCUGGAAUUUCAAAUAAUUUUUUUUUCAAAAAAACACUUUUUUAAAUUAAAAAUGUUUUUGUGGGGUAACGAAAGCAAGAAUUCGAAUGAUCCUCUGGUUGACGAGGUGAUCGUGAAAAUAUUGAAUAUCGGGUCCGCUGGAAGCUCCUUUGAAGCGUUGAUUCCGUCGAAGACGGUUAUGGUUCUUUUAGAUAAGGCCAAGUACAUUUACAUGAGGCAAGGAGCGAUGGUAGAAAUCGAGGCGCCCGUGAAAAUCUGUGGAGACGUUCACGGACAAUUCUCAGAUGUCCUCAGAAUGUUCGAUCGUGGAUGCUUCCCACCACUCGUCAAUUAUCUAUUUCUGGGUGAUUACGUGGAUCGGGGACCGCAAAGUUUAGAAGUCGUCACACUGUUCAUUGCAUACAAAGUCAAAUUUCCCAAUAACUUUUUCAUGCUGCGCGGGAAUCAUGAGUGUGGAACUAUUAAUCGAGUUUAUGGGUUCCUGGAUGAAGUCAGUCGGAAGUAUGGGUCAAAAACUGGAAUGACACUUUGGAAUUCGUUUCAGAACUGCUUUGCCUGCAUGCCAUACACCUCUCUCGUCUCCUCGCGAAUCCUAUGCAUGCAUGGUGGAAUCAGCAAGAAAAUGACGUCUCUCGAUCAACUCCGUCGUCUCCCUAGACCAGUUCUAGAAGUACCUAACCCAUCCCUAGAAACUGACAUCCUAUGGUCGGAUCCCGAGCAAAAUAUCCAAGGAUUCGUGAAUAACACACGUGGCGUUGGUCACGUCUUCGGAGAAAGCGCUCUUCUGGAGGUUAUCGAUCGUCUGGGCGUUCAGUUGAUUGUCAGAGCUCAUCAGGUUGUUCAGGACGGUUAUGAGUUUUUUUGCAACAAGAGACUUGUCACUAUAUUCUCGGCACCACAUUAUUGUGGAGAGUUUGAUAAUGCCGCUGCAAUGAUGAAUGUGGAUAAGAACCUGGUUUGCAGUUUUACAGUCCUUCGCCCGGUUCGUGAAUGA